UUUUCCACUGUCCCUUGUGUUCCUGACUUGACUAUAUACUUGUUGAAUUUCAUCUUCAGAUUUGCCAAUGCGAAGGAAUGCUUCUUCAAGUUGAGUGGCCUCCUUUGCAGCCUAUCAGCUUUGGUGUUUGAAACAAUCAUUGCAAGAAGCCAAUUCUGGCGCCUGUGGGAAUUUGAUGACAAGAUUGUACAAUUUGUGUCCCUAGGACUGUGGGAAGCUUAUUACCCUAAAGAGUUUAAUGUCUCAGGGACUGUAACCAAGAUUCUGGUGCACACUCCUAUCAAUUCCACGUGGACCAUUUCACCUGAAUUUCAGUUUGCACAGACCCUGAUAAUGUGGACUGUUUUGAUGAAGCCUGUAGUUCUGAUUUUCGGUUCAAUUGCCAUUAAGAUUGGCUCCAUGAAAGACCCAUUUAUUGAGAUGCAGAUAUAUUGCUACAAGUUUGCUGCCUUAGUUUUGUAUGUUAGCAGCAUCUUCACACUUGUUUCUGUGAGCUGGAACCACUUUGUAGACCAUUAUGGCCAAACAACUCUUGACUUUCCACCUGACUUUCCGGUUAAAAAAGAAGCCGUAAUAAGCAAACACUAUACUGCUGUGUUCCCAGUAGGGGUACUGAUGACCACCAUUUCACUCACUGGUGUGAUAUUCUUUCUAUCUGAGAUGAACUCUCUGAAACUACAGAAUCAAGUGAAGGCCAAGUGUGCUUCUAUUGUGGCUGAUCAGGAAAUCUGAAAUGAGCACUCCUACAUUUACAACAUCUGUCAGAAGGUUCCUAGAAAGAGUUUCCUAUUGAUAAACAAAACUCCUGUAGUUCCCAACUUGUUCUAAAUAAAGCAGCAAAUUGAUUCUCUUGGUCUGUCUAAAUGACUUCUUCCUCUGUCUAACUUGUUUCUUUCUUUGGAUAUUUUCAUAUCCCAAUCUCUGAAGGGCAUGAUCAUGCGUUCAGAUAUUUCUGACAGGCAGUAGCAAGCAAAAGUAAUGGUGAAAUGCAUGUUGCAAAAACAUUUAUCACAGGAUAAAUAUCAAGUGAAAGAAGGUUGUAAGGAAACUUACACAUAAACAGAAAAGUAAACACCAUUUUAUCUGGAGACCCUCUGAAUCUCAGGUCUCCUGAAGGCAGAGCUGGACUUCAUAGUGUUGGCUCUGCAGACAGUGUGUGCCUUUGUCAUGGAGUAUGAAGACUAUACUGUACGCUGGACAGUCAGACAUAUCUUUCUGUUUGUUAAUAAUCCAAAUUGCCGAGCAUUCCCUGUGUGCUCUCACAGAAAAUGUGGUGUGAAGAUCAGAGGGCUGCUUGUCCGAGUUGUUUUUCUUGUUUUUAACCUUCAGAAACACUGGGUUCAAACCACAUUAAGCUUGAUGGCAAGCUUACAUAGCCACUGGGCAAUCUCACUAACUUCAAAUAUACCCCACUUCACAUAAGGAUAUCCCAUGUUUGGCAUCCAUAGAAUGUAGGCCAUUUCAUAAAGUAAAAGAAAUUUGCUUGCAAAUGGGUAGAACUAGAAAAGGUCAUCCUGAGUGAGGUAACCCAGACCCAGAAAGACAAUCAUUGUAUGUACUCACUUCUAAGUGAAUAUUAGCUGUAAGGUAAUCAUGAUGCAAUCACAGGCCCAGAGAGGAUAACCAUGCUACAAUCACAGGCUCAUAGAGAAGCUAAUUAACAAGGGGUCACAAUGGGGCUUGAGCAUCUCACUGUGAAAGGGUAAUAGAAUAGACAUCACUGAUGGAUGAGAGAGGGGUCUAGAUGGGGGCAAGGAAUGGGAACAAGAGGGAUCAGGUGAAGGGAAGAUGGAGGGAGAGUACUGAGAGAGACAGCUGGAUCCUGGGACAUCUCUGGGAUGAGCUAUAAACCUAGGAAAAUGAAAACUCCCAGCAAUUUAUGAGGUAACCCAUUCCUCUGCAUCAUGCCUUGUACUCAAUCCACUCUUCCUCCUCCGUUUCUCUUCAGAAACUGAACUGGCCUUGCCCUGUAGUCAGAUUGAUUAUUACCUUAAAUAUCACCAUAGAACUUUUAUCCAACAACAGAUGGAAACAGAGGCAGAGACCUUCAUCAGAUCACUGGACUGAGCUCCUAAAGUCAAGUUGAAGAGUGGAGGGAUGAGAGUAUGAGCAAGGAGGUCAAGACCAUGAUGGAUUCACCCACUGAGACAGUUUUCCUGAGCUAAUGGUAGCUUACCAACUCCAACUGGAAUGGGAAGAAAGAAACAUAAGACCAAAUCAGUCCCUCUGAAUGUGGUUGACAGUUGAGGCAGAAUGAGCGGCCAACGUCAAUGGCACUGGGAUUUGCCUCUACAGCAUGCACUGGCUUUUGGGGAUCUUAUUUUCUUUGGAUGUAUUCCUUGCUCAACCUAGGCGUAGGAGGGCCUUAUACCUUGCAUAAAGCGAAGUGCCUUAAUCUCUCUGAGGAUUGGAGGGGGUGGGGUUGGAGGGUCUUUGGAGGGAAUGGGAGGAGGAAAGGGAAUUUGGAUUGGUAUUUCUUUUAAAGUAAUAAAAGAAAACAAAAAAGAAAAUGUCUAGACAGUAUGUACUGUUGGAGGCUAUGUCUUUACAAUAAGUCCUGUGGAGACCCUCGUGGUGAAGGAGAUCUGUGUGUUUGCAUAUGGGAAAAUGUUCAGAGACAAAAUGUUGAAUAAGAAAAGAAAGUGCGGCGUUGACACUAAAUGCAUCUUCUCUAUAAAAAAAAAGACUGGGAGAUACAGUCUAUACAUUUCGAUGUAUGUUUGUAGGCACUGGUGUGGAUUUUUCCAGAAUCUGUUAGCAGCAGCAGCAGCAGCAGUUUCCUCUCUCCGAGGCAGACUGAUCACCCACGGAGGGAAAAAGACCUCUCUUCUAUGACUUAUGAUGCAGGGGUCUGAGGACAGAGCCACAUGAUGAAGCAUGGGUGUAAAGACAGCCCCGCGGUGAUGAAACAUGGGUGUAAGGACGGCCCCGCGGUGAUGACACAUGAGUGUAAGGAUGGCCCCGGUGAUGACACAUGGGUGUAAGGUUGGCCCCGGUGAUGACACAUGGGUGUAAGGGCAGCCCAGCGGUGAUGAAGCUUGCAUGUAAGGACGGCCCCGCGGGGAUGGAGCAUGAGUGUAAGGACAGCACCGCGGGGAUGAAGCAUGGGUGUAAAGACCGCCCCGCAGGUAUGAAGAAAGACUCUGAGCGGCGAGAUGCAAAUGCCCUCCGCCACGCGCACCGCCCCUUCUUCCUGUCUGUCUCCGUCAUGAUGACGCGAAUCACCAGGACUAACACUCGCGCCUGGUUUUAAACCCCCACGCACAGCGGGCGAAAUCGCGUUGGGCCGUCGCCAUGGAGACUGUCAGCGCGUUCUGAUGACGCGAAUGCAAGUUACAAGUGCUGCUCUGAUGCCGCUGAGCAGCGGGAGAGUGCAGGCAUCACUCCCCGCCCACGAGCUCUGCCUUGUUGUGAGCCAGCGCUCCAUGAUGACGCAAACCUCCGUUUUCCGACCUUACUGUGAUGACGCGUAUCCCUCGCCGCUGACGCGCCCAUUUUUUAAGAAGAGCUGAGCAGCGGGCAUGUCUGCAAUUCGGUUCCUGCCCCUCCCGUCCGUCCGUCAUUCCGGUCCGUGUGUCUGCCCUUCCGGUCGGCGUUUUCGCCUUCCCUCCCUGUCCGUGUGUCCGGUCAUCCGGUCCAUGUGUCCGCUCUUCUAGUCAGUGUGUCCGCCUUCCCGGUCCGUGGCCUCCGCUCAUCCGGUCCGCAUGUCCCCCUGCCCUCCCUGUCCGUGGGUCCGCCCUCCCCCCUAAGUGGGUCCACUCUCCCCUUCCGUGAGUCUGCUCUUCCGGUGUGUCCUUUUUUCUGGUCCGUGUGUCUGCUCUUCUCUUCCCUUUGUCUGCCCUUCUGGACCAGGCCACCAUACUAA